UAAGCGACGCGUCAACACUCGCUCUAGUUGCUUAGCUGCACUCGAAUAAACAAUAAUGGAUCUGCGUGCUCGACAAUAUUUAUCAAAAGCUCAAGAGAAAACAGAUCGUGUGUCUCUGAGGAAGGCAUAUGAUCUGAUCAGAGUUUCAGGUCAGUCUGUGUCUGAUGGCAGAUCAGUUCUGUCUGAACUCUGUGUGCUGUGUGCAGAACAGUCUCUACAGUUGGGCUGUCGUGAUAUUGCACAGGACUGUCUAAUGAUGUAUUUCGAAGGGAAACCUCCGGCGAAUCAGUUCCUGUGUCGUGCGUAUCUGUGCCAGGCGCAGCUCAUCUCUCCAUAUGCCAUUACCACAGAGGAGGACUUGAAUAAAGGUGUGAUGUAUUAUCUGAAGGCCAUUGAGACUGCUAAAGAGAAACCCAGAUACCAUUUCUUGGUGUUCAACGCGUCGCUGUUGUACCUCCAGAGCGUCCGGAUGUUCCUCAGGUCUGGUCAACGUCAGCUUCUGGUGUCUUCUCUCACAAAGGUGCUCAAUGCUCUAGAGGAGGUUCAGGAUGCUGAUCACACAUGGAGAGCUGAACUCAUGCUACACCUGCUUGAAUGUCUGCUCGACGCCGGGCAGGUGAAGGAAGCCGCUGCUUUGUCAAAGGUCGCCUCCAAUUUUAUAGAGUCUCAUAAACUAGAGCUCCACCCCAGACUUUUCUCCAUACAGGUUCGACACAACCUCAUGGAUGUUUCUGACAUGUUGAAUAAAGCAAAUCCCAAAUUGAUUGUGACCUAUAAGAUUCAGAAGCUUAAACAUAUGGUUGAGGUUAAUGGAAGAAGAGAUGAUUUGGCCACACUAAAAGAGAUUUUGCUGCUGCUGAUCAAGUCAUCAGAACCCCAAAAACCCAACGCCCAAAGAACCCAAAGCUCCGGUCCCCAUCCAGCAUUAAUAACUCCACUCCUCAACCCAAAGCGAAAAGCCGAAGCUCCAGCGGCCCGCCUGAUAUCCCCGUCUCCAGCCUCACACUCGAGAGCUCUAGAUCAUCUCCAAACACCCAGAACUUCCGUUCUUCACCCAGCACCCCUGACUCAGGCCCUCCGCCUGAUAUUAACAGCCCAAAUGAUCCACAAAACACCCAGCGCUCCAGUCCUGCACCUAACACUUACAGUCCUAGUCCUGUCCUGUAUCACCGCUCUUCCAUGCCUCCGAGUGACAGGUGUGUCAUCAUCAGUUCACACGCAUCUGAUAGUGAUUGCGUUGUUGUUGGAGUUGGCGUUUCUCUCGCUGCAGUUACGGCAACAGCAGGUGGCAUCCGACUGCCUGAAGGAGCUCCGAGCUGCAAAGGUCAACGUCGGUCAGCGCAUAAUGAUGGAGUGUGUGCAGUGUGAGCUCGACCUUCACAAGCAGAGAGACAGAAUUGAGAAUUACUCCAGAUCCAGUGUGAUGCUCCAGUUGAGUGUAAUCGCCCGGUUGGAUGCGUUACUGCAGACGGCACUGAAGGACGGAGACUCUCGGGUGACUCAAGCGGUCUGUGCGUCUCAGUGGAACACCUGCAUGCCUCUCCUGCAACACAACCUCAGAAAGAGAAUCCAAAAACCUCUCCAAAACCUUGUACGAGCCCUGGAGAGUACAGACAGUAUGCUGGUGGAUGUGUUGUGUCACGUUCACACUGAGCUGGCCGUUAUUGAAGAAGAGGAUGAAAAGCUGGAGAGCGCCAUGAAACAUCUUCAGAAAGCUCUUGAGCUGGAUCAGAGGGGACGUCACUACCAGCAUCUGUCCUCGUCUUUACACCUCCUGCAGCUGCGCUCUUCUCCCCACGGCACACCUGCACGUCUGGAGGACCGUGCCGCACAACUCAUCCAACAGGCUAAGGAGGACAAAGGCCUUGAGACUAAGGAAAAGCGGCGCCCCCUGCUGGUUAAUGCUGGAAUCACACUGGCACCUGAUGCGUUCCAGCUGGUCUUAGAUGCCGACAGUAAAAUGAAAGUUGGUAGUGAAGCACAAGGACAUCUGGAACACCUCGCUGCUAAAGCCCAAGAACAUGCCAGCUGCAUUCAGAAGGUCAAAGGUCAUUUGACUGGACUGGACAAGAACGCAGAUGACCGAGAGAGGGUUAAAUUAUGGGCAUCACUGGCCAAGAUCGCCCGAAAACAAGAGGUGUUUGAUGUAUGCCGGGCAGCCUGUCGCUUUUGCCUUCUUUACGAUGAUGGACGAUGGGCAAACCGAGGUGACCACAAGAAUGGGACGAGUCCAGUGCAGAGAAACCAGAAUGAGCAGAACACAAACGGAGAACUGUUACGUCUGCUAGCUGAGGUCCAUUUCAUCAAUGCUGAGGUAACCAUCCUUAAACUGCGCUCAGAGGGGGUGGAGCUGAAUGGAUCUGCUGUACCACCUGAUGAAAGCAUGGCACUCUCACCUGAGGAUGACGCCCACUGGAAGCUGUACAGUGACUGGAUCAAAGAUUUGUCGGUUUAUGCCACCGUUAGCUUCCAGCGAGGGGCGGAGCUCGGGGCGGAGCUUGGUGAGGCGUGGUUGGUUGCUAACGCGGCUGUUUAUCUGUGGAACUACAACAGCUGGCUGCUGGCCACUAGAGGGCAUCGGCUUCUGCUGCCCACAUUCAGCCGCUUGCUAGAGCUCCUCAGGCAGACUGGGCAUGCUGGUGAGGUGGUUCUUGUGGUCAUGCUGUGUGACGCUGUGGCUCAGGGACUCAUCCAGCCCUGGUGUCAGACAUCAGUGAGAUCCGAUCAGGAGUCACAGGACAACGAGAAGGUGCAGCCGCCAGCUGACAAGACCAAGAAGGCACGGGGAAAACCUGCAGAGAAGUCGGGCUCUUCUCAAGGCCUGCCGUUUGACUCCGCUGCAGUGCAGGACAUGAAGAAAGCUCUGGAGGUGUGUGUGUAUGCUCUACAUCUGUCCAAUGGGAACACGGAGCCGGUACCCAUCAUAGUGAGGAAGCAGCUGAUCAGCACUUGGGUCCCAAUUAAACAACUGCUUCAGCAGCAGAUCGGACUGAAACUGGACAUCAACGAUGAGGGUAAAAAUGAGGCAGUGACUUCAAUGUCCCGUGUGCUGGUUGCUAUGGAGAUGUUUCAGUGUAACAGUAACUCCAGACUGAUGGAGUUCACACUGCCUAGUCUAACUGUGUUGGCGCAGAUGGCAGGGGGCUGUCAGUGGAGCGACUCUGUUGUGGAGUUGUAUGUAUGGGCUCAGCUCGCUUUUUUCGCUCAUCAGACACAUGAUCACGACCUCAUCAUGACUUGUACCCAUAAUGCACUGCAGCUGGAGCAGACCGCAACUCGCCGUGUGAAGACGACGGCUCAAACUCUGUUCAGUGUGUCUUCAGUUCAGGAGAUGCUGAGCAGAACCGCAUGUAUCAGAGGUCAGAGUUUGAUCCAUAAGGCCAAAGGUCAUCACAGCAGUUAUAUGGAGGGUCUCCGCAUGCUGCAGUCCAGUGUCAGUUAUGCGGAGCAGGCAGACAGCUGGUCUCUGUGUGUGACUGCAGCUGGUCAUUACUGGAAUGCCUGUCUGUCUCUACUGGAUGUGAGACAGGUCAGACGACAGCUCAGAGAACCUCUGGAGCUCAUCCUGAAGGCCAUGAGACGAACAUACUCCAAACAAACUCCCGGGAAAAGUAAACAAGUUUCUGGAGUGAGGGAUACUCUAUCUUUGACGGAAACCUUUAAUUCUACAGAUGCUGGUACUCUCGAUGAUGAUCUAAAGUUGUGGGCAUCCAUGUAUAAUGUGCUGCUGUACAUUCAUACAGACAGUAGUGACUGGAAGAAAGGUUUACAGGUGCUGGAUGAGGCUGUGAGAGAGAUGCCACGCUCCACACACAAACUGCUUGUGUUGAAGCAGCGGGUUCUGGUUAAAGCACGUUUGGGUGAAAGUGUUGAUUUGGACAUACAGCGGAUCGGUGAUCAGGACGAGCUCGUCUGCUCUCGUAUGUGGCGGCGUGCGGCACUCUGUGCUAAAAACAAACCGCAACAGCUGACCUGCUAUCAGAACGCCAUAACAACACUACAGGAUUCUGCCAGUGUUUGGCUGAAGGUGGACUUCCUCCUGGAGUUCGGAGAGUGGCUGUAUUUCACUCAUUUCCCUGUAAUUGACGCUCGGCUGCAGAUCGAGUGUGCUGUAGACAUCCUGCUCUUCACCAGGGCGGACACACCGCAGAGCGCAGAGGUUUCCGUAGAGACCGGAGGUGUGACUCCGGUGGAGCAUCCACUCGGGCCGGGUUUGUCAGGUGUGAAGUUUGAGGUGUGUUUGUCUGAUGUGAGGGAGAUCGGCCGUUUGGAGCGUUUGUUCAGGGCUCACACUCUGCUGGCACUGCUGGAGGACAGAACUUCACCCAAACACCAGCAGCACCUGCUCACGGCCUACAGCUUCACACUACACAUCUGGAAGGUAUCCAUAGAAACCGCACAGGAAGUACUGAAAGAGAUGUUGAGGAGUCGUUCAGCGACUGGUCAGCCUGUGUGCUCGUCCGGCUCCAGAAAAGACAAAGAGAGACCAGAUGACAAGAAGGUUAAACAGAGCUCUCCAGUUGAAGAGAAACCCAGAGGAAAAGCUUCAGAAAUAUCUCUUCCCAUCAGCCCAGAGCAGUGGGCACAGUUCGAGUGUCCGGAAGAGAUCCGACAGGCGUUCGGUUACAACAUCAGCAGCAUGACCCUCAGUUUGCAGAGUCGCACUCUGUUUUAUUUGGAUGUGUUGGUGAGAGAGUUGGAAUCUGUCUCGUUGACACCGUUGACCUUUGCCCCUCUCCACUUGGCGGAGGUCAUCGCCCAUGACCUCAUUGAAAGCAAGAGUCACUCUGACCUCUAUCGCCUCAGAAUCAUCAGGAACUGUCGUGAUCUUGGGUUUGAGUCUCCGUACUGUGAACAGCUGCUGAGUUUGACCCUCAUUUCUGAGGAUGAGCUAAUGCGGUGCCACAACGCUGUAAUUUCUCAGAGAAACAUAUCUGAGAUACAUGAGAAAUGGUUCUCUGAAGGUGAUUGGUGCAGAACGCCACUGACGAUUGGCAGCACUCUUGAUCUGUGGCUGGAGAAAGCUGACGUGUGUCUCAGUUUGAGUCUGUAUCCGUCUGCCCGAGUCCUGCUGACUCAAACUCACCUGUCGGCCAAGGAACUUGGUGAUCAGACAUCAUUGGCUAAGAGCUUACACCUCCUGGCCGUUCUGGCCAAUCAGGAGAAGCGGUCCGGUCAUGCUCUGGUUCUGUUGCAGCAGGCGCAGGAGAUCGGUGGAGAUGAGCAGUUCUGGUAUCGGCUGGUCCAGACGCUGCUCACAGCUGUAGUGCAACAGAGACAAGACGACGCUUAUGAACAGGUCCAUGUGUGUCUGUGUGUGUGUGUGUGUCUGCGUCUGCGUCUGCAUCUGUGUGUUUGUGUUUGUCUGUGUCUGUGUGUGUGUGUCUGCAUCUGCGUGUGUGCGUCUGCUUCUGUGUGUCUGUGCGUGUGUGUGUGUGUCUGCAUCUGCAUCUGUGUGUUUGUGUUUGUGUGUGUGUCUGCAUCUGCGUGUCUGCAUAUGCGUGUGUGCGUCUGCUUCUGUGUGUGUGUGUGUGUGUCUGUGCGUCUGUGUGUGUGUCUGUGCGUGUGUGUGUGUCUCUGUGUGUGCGUGUGUGUGUGUCUCUGCGUGUGUGUGUGUGUGUGUGCGUGUGUGUGUCUGUGUGUGCGUGUGUGUGUCUGUGUGUGUGUGUGUGUGUGUGUGUGUGUGUGUGUGUGUGUUCUGCAGGUGUGUGAGAUUACACAACAGGCCUGUAGAUCCCUCACAUCAGUUGUAGAGCAGAGACAGAACCGAGCUGUGGUCUUGCGCUUCUUCAGCGCGUCACUGGAGAGCAGGGCGGCAGUUUUACUUCAGCACGGGUUGAAUCCUGACGGGAUGACUGACGUGUCUGUAGAGAUGCUCGCGUCAGUGUGUGACAGGCUCAAACACGCUGCAUCUGACCUGCUGCUGCUGGGAUACAGGACACAUGCUGCGGAGGCCACGCUAACACACGCCAACACACUGAGAAUCUCGGCUGUUCGGACUGCGAGUGAAGAGGGGAAACAGCGGCACCUUCUGGAUGCACUCCAUCUCCUGCAGACGGCUGUUUCUAUACAAGAGGACGUUGUGACGGAUGUUAUGAAUGUUCUGCCUCCUCAUGAGUCCAGUUGGCGUGAUGUCCCUGCGGUGCGUAUGUGUGUGCGUCUGAGACUGGCCCUCGCUGAUCUGGCUCUGCUGAUGUUGGAGAUCCAGUGUGCGGAGGAGCAAAGAAGAACCAGCGCUCGAGACAGGAAGUCUUCAGUGGAGAGAGCUGUGGAGGAUUUCAUGAGGAGCACCACUGAUCUGAGCGAUCAAGAGAGGGAGUGGUGUGAUGUAGGCCGGUCUCUGGGUCAGACUGUUUUGACUCACCUCACCGCUGUCAUUUCUCUCUCGCUGGACUGUGUGGAGACCAGGGCUCGGUCGCUCGGCAUGAUGGGAAGGUGCUUGAGAAUUCUAGCUCAGCAGAGAGACCCGCUGUACCCGUCCACACUGUGGGACGAACCAAUCAAGGAUGAAGAGGAGAUGCAGAGAAAAGAAGAAGAGGAAGAUAAUGAAGAGGAAGAAUGCAGCAGAAAUCCAGAGAGAAAAGAAACUGAGACAAAACAAUAUGAUGGCAAAUCUACAGAGCUGCAGUAUAACAGGAGAGCAGCACAGCGUCUGUUUGCUCAGGCCAGUGAAACACUCGCUCAGUCUGUGAGUCUGUGUCUGCAGCACGAUCUUCCUCAUCUUCUUCCUCACGUGUGCUCAGAUCUGCUCGAGUGCCACGGACAGUUUGAUCCAAGCACCAGCGGGCAGUACCUAGCCCUGCUCCAGAGCGGCGUGGCGUGUGUUGACAUGUCCAGCGUGCUGCAUGCGGUCUGCAGCCGUGUCAGUGAGUCGCAGCUGUGUGCCCUGAUGAACCUGCGGAGGAACCUGCUGUCUGCACACGCUCACCGACCGAACGCGCUGCUGACCGCAGUGAACCGAGAGCUCGUCGCUCUCUCAAAGGUACCGGACUGUGUGUGUGUGCUUGUGUGUGUAUGUGUGUGUUUGCAUGUGCGUGUGCGUGUGUGUGUGUGUGUGUGUGUGUUUAUGUGUGUGUGUUUGUAUGUGUGUGUGUGUGUGUGUGUGCUUGUGUGUGCUUGUAUGUGUUUGUGUGUGUGCUUGUGUGUGUGCUUGAGUGUGUGUGUGUUUGUGUGUUUGUAUGUGUGUGUGUGCUUGUGUGUGUUUGUGUGUGUGUGUGCUUGUGUGUGUUUGAGUGUUUGUGCGUGUGUGUUUGUGUGCGUUUGUGUUUGCGUGUGUGUGCUCCCGCACUCUCAGGCCUGCAGUCACAUGACCAUAAACCCAAAUCACCUGAGAAUUCUGGGAGAAAUACCAUCUAACUUCAAGAUCCUGCUGCUGCAACACUCAAAUGAAGGUUGUGUGCUGUAUGCAGGUUUAUAUGAGCAGGUGAAAGAGACUCCGAGAGGGAAGAGCUCCACAGAUGGUCUGAUCUGCUCUAAAGUGGUCAAGUGCUCUGUUCAACACUCAGAUCUCCUGCAGCUCCACAAACACCUUCACGCUAACCAUGACAGCGAGACCUGCAAACUAGCGGAAAAUAAAGAUGAAGAGCUGGACUCUGUUUUCAGAACUCUGGUUGAGCAAAUGGAGAAUUAUCUGCAUCCUGUUCUCUCACAGUUUCACUUUUCAUGCUUUAGCUCGCACUCUCCGUCCAUCUCCACCACCUCAUCAUCGCGUGCCAAAGAAAAGGACGAUAAAACUGCUAAUAAACCACUGCACCCGCCAGAUGCUGGUGUGUGUGUGGUGAUAUUAGCUGACAGGUUGCUGUUGGAGCUUCCGUUAGAAGCGUUGUCUGUUCUCCAGGCGGAUGGGAUCACCUCAGUGUCGCGAGAUUUCUCUCUGCAGGUUCUUCAUGCGCGUCUGCAGAUGGAUGAAGCAGUUGAAAGUGACAAUAAAAAGGAAGCCAAAGGUGUCCGAGCAGUGAAGGGGAGAGCGGAACAAAGCCGGGGCAUCAAAGUGGUGCCCGUCAAUCGAGUUCUGCCCGCGCACACCAUCCCAGUGGACAAACACAAGUUCAGAUAUGUUGUGAAUGAACAGGAGGACGAUGAUGGAAACAAGUCUGAGUGGAGCAGCCCAGCGGAGAUCAUGAGGAGAAUCCUCGAAACAUACAAGACACAAUUUACACCUCUGUGGGAAGGAUUCAUGGGUGACGAGCGCACACACAGUCUUAUGGAUCUCGAGCAGCUGCUGAUCUCCUGUAGCUCUUUCAUCUACUCUGGGACCAAGAACUUCCUCUCCUGCGUUCCACCUGCCAAACUGGCUGCCCUCAACAUGUCCGGAUGUCACAUGGUUUUUCUCUUUGACUGCGGUCAAAAAAGCAUCCCGGAUAACAGUAAUUCACAGCGGCCAUUACAACAUUCGGUCGGGUCAGCAUAUCUGUUCACUCUCAGCGGGGUCCGUUCUGUCUCGCUCAACCAAUGGCACAGCAGCGCCGCAGCCAACGCGCAAAACAUGCAUUUACUCAUGGAGAAUCUUCUGAAAGUAGGACUGACCUCGGGACAGUCAGUCCGGGCUUUACGGGCGCGUACAUCAGAAAACAAAGACCUCAGUGGAAAACCGUCCAUCCUGACAGUGGACGAGAUGUUACCUGAGGACUGUGGUCAAAUCCAGAAAAAAUCACCUCUGAGCCCGACUGCUUUAAACUUUGUUAUUUACGGACUUCCUAAUAUAAUGGUUAUAUGAACAUUGUGAUGUAGAUUUGAUUGAACCUACAAUGAAAUAAUAGUCGCACGGCUUCUGGUGACACUCUCUGCUUUCCUUUCAUUAAACUAUGUUGUUCUGAUUGUCUCAUUCGUCUCUUCUAUUGUUCUCAGAAACAUCCGGUUAAGUACAUGUUUGGCAUCCGUUCUGCACCUGUUUUGUAGAGAUAA